UAAAUUUAAUCUAAAUACACAUAAAUAAAUUUAACAUAGAAGAGAAAUAAAUAUUUGCUUACAAGAUUAGUGGUGAAUUCUAUUUUUGAUGUGCUCGAUGUGCUAAAAAUAAAACAAAAUUAUGAGCUUCACUUAAAUCCAAUUGGAAAAAUCUAUAUUUAAGGCUCACUACCACCGGCAUUAAAUCAUUACUCACAUCAUAUAUUGUGUUAUUGACAAAGUGGUUGCUGUUAUUGUUAACAACCACAGCAAAAAAUAGAGUGAAAACAGUCUCCUACAACACUCACACUGCAACAGUACGAAUGUUGCAGCAACAACAAUAACAACAUUCAAGCAACGUCAUAAUCUUUCAUUAUCCUCUUGAAAGAAUCCUCUACACUCAAAACGCAAUGUUGUAUUGUACUCUGAGUAUUGCGUAAAAUUUAUUUCAACAAAAAAACAAAACAACAAAAAAUAUAAGCAUUAAAAUAUAUAAAAGUUUAUUGUAAACAACAACAAACUCCCAUCAGUAGCGGCAGCAGCAUCAGCAUCCUUCGCAUUUUGGAAGCAAACCCAACACACUCAACACACAAUACACAACACAUCAAAAUGGGAAGACGUCCAUUUAAUCGCGUCUGCGCUAUAAAUUACCCCAGCCGGGUUGAGGGUUGGUUGGAUGUUUGUGAAACUGAAGGGGAACUAACACAGAAACUUAAAACCUUACCUUGGGGUCCUUUAUACUGUGUUUUGCAGCAAGAUGAACAGUCCUUCACAGCUUAUUGCAGUGAGGAAAUUUCGAUUUUCCCAGCUACGCCUAAAAAGGAGUUAACAGAUGUACUCUUCAAUGAGUACCCACGUGUUCGUCUGGAUCGAGCGCGACGUCCUGCAAAAGUACUGUGGGAUGGUCCGCCAACGCUACCUGAGGAGCCUGAAGAUUCUGAUACAUGUCCAAUGGACAUUGCACUUAACACGACGCUUUAUAGUGAAUUAGGUAAGUGA